AUGUGUGUUCACUUGAAACUUGUGGAACAAUUUAAACUUGAAGGGCAAAUCACUGGUUUAAAACGGAUUAGGCCUAUUGAAUCGCCGCAUUUGGAUUACGUGAUAGUGGCCACGAAGCUUGCCAAAUUCUCUGUUAUCCGUUGGGAUGCUUUUCAUCAUACGAUAUCAACUGUUUCAUUGCAUUACUAUGAGAACUGUUUACAAGGGUCAAGUUUUGAUGAGGUUAAACUGGCAGAGUUGCUUGUUGAGCCCACAUCCAAUAGUUGUACAUGUAUGAGGUUCAAGAACAUGAUGAUCUUCCUACCCUUUACGGUGAUGGAUGAUGAAGAAGAGGAAGAGGAAGAGUUAGAAGCUGAUACCAUGUAUGUUGACGUUAAACUGCAGAAAGGUACACAAAUAAACUCUACUAGUGAAGAAGGGGUGGUACAGGUUAGAGUGCCAAUGUUUGACUCGAGUUUCUUGAUCGACGCCAAAACUUUGGAUCCACUGAUUGGCUCUCAUGUUAUUGAUGCCCAAUUCCUUUACAGUUAUAGCGGGACCACUAUGGCUGUAUUAACCUCAGGUAACCAAUAUACAUGGACUGGGUUACUUCCACAACUCAAAGAUGACGUAUCGCUAUACAUUGUGUCACUUGAUUUGAAGUCCAAAGUAUCUGCUACUGUGUUGAAGGUUGAUAAUUUGCCUUAUGAUAUCGACAGGAUUAUUCCACUCAAGGCUCCUCUCAAUGGGUGUGUUCUUCUAGGAGGUAACGAGAUAAUCCACGUAGAUAAUGGUGGGAUUGCUAGGAAAAUAGCUGUGAAUUCUUAUUUCAAACUGAUAACCAACCAAAAGAAGAAUUACAUCGAUAUGACUCAUUUGGAGUUGAAAUUAGAAGGAUGUUCUACGUUUCCAAUUGAUAACAAAUUGCUAUUGAUCACCAGAGAAGGGUCUUUUUACUGUUUGGAAUUUGAGUUGGAUGGUAAAUCGAUCAAGAAAGUAUCAUUAACCAAGUUAGCUGAGAAAGCUUAUGAGAAUAUUCAAUUGACUUACCCAGGAGAGAUAGUCAAUUUAGACGACGACUUAUUAUUCAUAUCCAAUAAAAAUGGUGAUUCCCCAUUGGUGAAAUGGGGGUAUCAAGAUGACUCAGGAGCUAUUUCGUCCUCACAAGGUGAAAUGAUUACCACCAAUGGGAGAACAACCACAGACGAUGAUUUAUACGACGAAGAUGAUGAUUUAUAUAAUGACGAUGAAGGGUCUCCUGAAGUUCAAAAGGCACUGAAACGGGCAGAUAAGUUGAUGUUCCACAAACAUGAUCAAUUGAUCAAUUUAGGGCCUUGUUCGACAUUUGCAUUUGGAUUCUAUUCUUUAGAAGAAAAGAAGUCUCAAUUAAUUAACCCCAAUUAUAGAGAUAUUUGUAUCUUCAGUAACGGGGGUUCUCAGAAACAAAGUGCAUUGAGUAUCAUAAGUCCAACGGUACAAUUGAACAUAAAAUCAUCGUUAUCAUUCUCCCAAAUAGAUCGGAUGUGGACAAUUCAAUCCAAGUAUUUGAUUACUUCAGAUAGCAUCAAUUUCAAGUCAGAAAUCUUCCAAAUAGAUAAAGCUUUCGCAAGAUUGGUAUCCAAAAGUUUUGUUAACAACGACAUGACAAUCGCAGUACAUGAGAUGCCCUCCCAACAUGUGAUUCAAGUCACCAGAAAGAAGGUUCACGUUUAUGAGUCCAAUUUCAAGAAGAGAGCCAUGAAACUUCUUUGGAGAAAAGAUGCUAAUAAAGACGAAAGCGAAUCUGUAUCUACUUCCGUUGAUGAUGAGAUCAUUCAUUCCACUUUCCAAGACGAGUUUCUUAUGUUAUUCUUAAGAAGUGGUGGGGUACUCAUUUACUCAGUCAAUACUUAUAAUGGGACAUUCACCAGUAUUGCCAUACCCAAGAUUCUUUCAGAAACAAUUAUUACCACGGGUUGUAUAGCCAAUUCGUAUUUGUUGAAUGCUGUGCUGAAGGAUAUAAAUUUGGUAAUAAACCAUGAGUCUAGAGGCUUGAAACGGAAGCAUAGUGAAAGAAAUGCAAAUCCCCGAAAAAACUCACCUGAUCAACAAGAGAAAGGAGCGACUUCUUAUGGACCUAAACAGAAGACAUUUGCGUUGGUAACUGGUGAUAAUAGGAUAGUUGUUUUCAACAGGUUCCACAAUCAAAAGUGCUACCAGCUUCGAGAAGUGGAUAAGUUUACCAAAUUUUUAUCUCUUGAGUUUUUUGAGAAUAGAGACUCAAUUCCAGAUCCUCAUAUCAAACAGAUUAUUUUCAAUGACUUGGGAGAUGGCAUUGAAAGGGAAGAAUACUUGACUGUUCUUACUAUUGGAGGUGAAAUUUAUAUGUACAAGUUAUUUUUUGAUGGAGAGAACUUUCAGUUCAAAGCUGAAUCAGAUUUAGCAAUCACGGGAGCCCCAGAUAAUGCAUACCCUAGUGGUACCAGCAUUGAAAGAAGGUUGGUUUAUUUUCCAAAUUUCAGCGGGAAAAGUUGCAUAGGAGUUACUGGAGUAAUACCGUAUCUUAUUACUAAGCUGGGUCAUUCCAUACCUCGGAUAUUCCGCUUCUCCAAAAUUCCAGUACUGUCAUUUGCAAUAUAUUCUGAUGUAACCAACAAUAUCACUAACGGGAUAAUGUUUCUUGACAAUAAGAAGAACGCUAGAGCCUGUGAGUUGGCACCCGAGUUUAACUUUGAGAACUGUUUACCAGUGAGGAGGAUCCCCAUGGGAGAGACCAUCAAAAGCAUUGCCUAUCAUGAAACUAGCAAUACUUUGGUUGUGUCAACCUUCAAAGAGAUACCGUACAAUUGCAUUGAUGAAGAUGGUGAACCAAUUGUAGGUACAGAUCCCAGCAGACCCUCUGCCAUUAGUUACAAGGGAUCUGUUAAGCUUAUUUCACCUUAUAAUUGGUCAGUCAUUGAUACUAUCGAGUUGGAAGACAAUGAAGUGGGAAUGACGUUGAAAUCCAUGGCAUUAGACGUGGGGUCCCUGUCCAAGAAGUUUAAGAAUAAGAAGGAAUUUAUCGUGGUGGGUAGUGGGAAAUAUAGGUUGGAAGAUUUACCUUGUAAUGGGAACUUCAAAGUAAUUGAAAUCAUUGAUAUUAUUCCUGAACCAGGAAGACCGGAAACGAACCAUAAGUUCAAGGAGUUUUUCCAGGAGGAUACUCGAGGAGCUGUGACUUCAGUUUCGGAAGUAUAUGGCCGAUUUCUUGUUGCUCAAGGACAAAAGAUCAUUGUUCGUGAUAUUCAAGACGAUGGGGCAGUUCCUGUUGCAUUUUUGGAUUGUCCGAUUUAUGUUUCUGAACUGAAGAAUUUUGGAGAUUUGGUACUACUUGGAGAUGCGGUUAAGGGAGUUUGUUUAGCCGGGUUUGAUGCUGAACCAUUUAGAAUGAUCACUUUGGGUAAGGAUAUGAAUAAAUUCGAUACCAAUUGUGCUGAUUUCAUUGUUAAGGAUGAAGACCUUUACAUUUUAAUUGCAGAUCAAAAGAAACAAGCACUUCAUCUUGUUCAAUAUGAUCCUGAGGAUCCAGUUUCAUUAAAUGGUACCAGAUUGGUUUAUAAAUGGUCUUUUAACGUCAAUUCUACCGUCAUGAGUCUUAAAAGUCUUCCUAAACAUGAAGAAUUCACUCCAAUGGUUUCUACACCUCAAAGCAUGGGGUUCUUCAAUUUAACUCCUCCAAGCCGUCAAGAUAUUCCAUUCCAAUCAAUGGGUUGUACCUUAGAUGGUAGUUUCUUUACCGUGUUCCCGGUUAAUGAGGCUACAUACAGAAGAAUGUACAUUCUUCAACAGCAAUUAACAGAGAAGGAGUAUCAUGUUUGUGGCCUUAACCCUCGGAUGAAUCGGAUGCAAGGACUUCAGCACAUCAACACCAUCUUUCAAACUACCGGGAACGGUGGUGAAGGUCUGGGCAAGCCAUUGUUAGACUUUGGAAUCUUAAAGAAAUUCACAAAGCUUAAUGAAGAUAGAAAGAAGAACUUUGUAUCGAAAGUCAGUGGGAAAAGACUUUCUGUUGAUAUUUGGAGAGAUCUUAUUGAGAUAGAGAAUGUUUUAAAGAACAUGUACACGUAG